CUUUAACAGGAAACAGGAUAUAUGCAUUCUUUUUGUAAAGUGUGUUUACUUGGGUUUUUCCUUGCUGAAGAUGAAAGUAUAGGCUCGUAUGCCAGAGGAUUUACGGUAAGUGUCCCUCUAGAGUGCUGAGGAGACAGUGGGAUGCAGUGAAUGAGAGGGAGGGAGAGUGCAGAGAUGCUGCAGAACCACUUCUGCCCUUGUUUAGUCUUAUCCGCAUAUAGAGGCACUUAGUGCAUUUCCUCUGUCUCCUCUCCUGCAGCUCUUCUUUGGGGGAGGAAUGCACUUACACUUUUAUCACAAAUUUAAUUUGUGCAUAAUUUAUUGGACGCUGAUGUUCUGCAGGAGUGCCUGGACUGGAACGUGGGACUGUGUACAUAGAUCAGUUGUACUGAAGCACUGAAUGGGAGUUAAACGACCUAGUCUCUUCUAGCUUCACCUCAGCGUUUGAUUCUAGCUGUCUAUCAUGCUGAAGAAGAGGAACCCUGAGGUGCUGAUGGACCGGGAGGUUCUGCUGGAUCUGGACUACUGCGGCGACACUCAUGGUCCAGAGAGUUAUGGAAGCCUGCAAAAUGGGGGCUUCAUCCCUCCCAGAUAUUUGACCACUGCGGCUAAUGAUGAGGAUGAUGACCCCAUAUAUGUUUAUUGUGAGCGGACCUCAAGCCCACCUGUUCAGCCCCCAGGCAACUACUUCAGAGACGGCCAAACAAAAAUAGACUUUGUCCUGGUGUGGGAGGUGAAGGUGCGUCGUAAGCGUCGAAGUCGGGGACAGUCGCAAGGACAGGCGGCAGAGGAUGCAGUAGAAGCAGCACAGGAGGACAGCAGGUCAGAGAGAAGAAAAGCGCAGCUGGCCCAAUGGAGGGACAAAUUCAUCCAGAACCUCCAGAGUGCUGGACUGUUGAUGGAAAAGGAAGAAUCAUCCAGUGUAAAGAAGACUGUACACUAUCUGAAGCUCCAUGCUCCAUGGGAUGUGUUGGUGUACUACGCUGAGGAGUUAUGUCUUAGGGCACCUCUGCAGGUACAGCCACACCCAGACUACAACACCUCUGCUCGAGUUCUUCAGAAGCUCUGGGUGCCGAACAUCAUGAAAGACUCAGUCCCCAACCGUCCUGUGGACUACUACACAUGUGCCUUCCGCAAGUCCAAAAUGGAAAAGUUUCUGGGCUCUGAUGACCGUGAAAACUACUUCACCAACACACAAAGACACCGCAUUGUGUAUGAAAUCUUAGCAAGGACUGUGUAUGGCAGGAGGAAGCGUGCAGAAGUUGGAGUCGCCCGUCUGCUGAAUGAGGGGGCUUUUACGGGUGCAUUCCCUCUGCACGAGGGCCCUUUUGAGCUCCCAAGUUGUGACAUCCAGCCUGAUCAGUUGAACAAGAGGCAGGUACUGUACCACUAUUGGUCCAACUGGUUAAAAUGGUAUAAGUACCAGCCUCUGGAUCACAUCCGUGAAUACUUUGGAGAGAAGAUUGCGCUUUAUUUUGCAUGGUUGGGAUUUUACACAGCCUGGCUCUUGCCUGCUGCAUUGGUUGGGACGUGUGUCUUUGUUUUGGGUAUUUUGACAAUGGGAUCCAAUACCCCAGCGAAGGAAAUCUGUGAGAGUGGAGGACUUUAUCUAAUGUGUCCUCUGUGUGAAACCUGUAAACCCUGGAAUAUAUCAGACAUCUGUCCCAUGGCCAAGGUGGGUUACCUGUUUGAUCAUCCCGGCACUGUCUUCUUCAGUGUGUUCAUGUCUUUGUGGGCUGUCACGUUCCUGGAAUACUGGAAACGCAAGAAUGCCACUCUCGCUCACCACUGGGACUGCAUGGAUUUCCAUGAAGAGGAGGAACCACCACGUCCUGAGUUUGCUGCCAUGGCCCCUGCGAUGGAGGAAAACCCAGUUACAGGAGUAAAAGAACCCUACUUCCCUGAAAAAGCGCGGAUUUCACGCAUGCUGACUGGCUCUAUGGUCAUUGUUAUAAUGCUGUGUGUAGUGAUGAUCUUCUUGGUCACAGUGAUCAUAUACCGCAGUAUAGUGAGUGUAAUGAUGUUUGAAACUGGGAGUUCUGUUCUGCGUACUCAGGCUGGGAAUAUUGCCAAUAUCUCCAGCAGUUUGGUGAACCUGGCUUUGAUCUUGCUGAUGGGGCAGGUCUACACAGCGCUGGCAGAACAGCUCACUAAAUGGGAAAUGCACAGGACACAGACACAAUAUGAAGAUGCCUUUACAUUCAAAGUCUUCAUCUUCCAAUUUGUCAACUUUUACUCGUCGCCCUUCUAUGUAGCCUUCUUCAAGGGCAGAUUUGUGGGCUAUCCUGGUCAUUAUGGCACACUGUUUGGGAUGCGGAAUGAGGAUUGCGGACCAGGAGGUUGUCUGAUAGAACUGGCUGAGCAGCUCUGCAUCAUCAUGGUGGGAAAACAACUUAUCAACAACGUUCAGGAGUUUGUCAUCCCUAAAAUAAAGUCUUGGAGACAGAAACGGGCCUUAUCAUCUGUGAAAAAGGCCCAGAAGGCAGAGGAGCGUAAGUGCUGGGAGCAGGACUAUGAGUUGAUUCCAUGUGAGGGGCUUUUUGAUGAGUAUCUGGAGAUUGUCCUGCAGUUUGGCUUCAUCACCAUUUUUGUGGCAGCCUUCCCUCUGGCUCCUCUCUUCGCCCUGUUGAAUAACUGGGUGGAAGUAAGGCUGGACGCUUAUAAGUUUGUGUGUGAAUACCGGAGACCAGUGGCAGAGCGAGCCCAGCACAUCGGUGUGUGGUUCAUCAUACUAGAGGCGCUGUCCCACGUGUCUGUCAUAGUCAAUGCUUUCCUCAUUGCAUUUACCUCAGAUUUUUUGCCUCGCCUGUUGUACCAGUACAAGUUUAACAAUGACCUGCAUGGUUAUGUCAACUUCACGCUGGCUUACUCUCCACCCAGUUACAACUACUCCAGUCAUACCGUAUGCAGAUAUAAAGCAUUUCGAGAUGAAAAUGGAAAAUACACACUGGUGUAUUGGGAGCUUCUGGCUGCAAGACUGGGCUUUAUCAUUGCCUUUGAGCAUGUGGUGUUCUUUGUCCUGCGUGUCAUCGACUGGAUGGUUCCAGACAUCCCUGAGUCCUUGGAGCUGAAGAUCAAGCGGGAGCGUUACCUGGCUAAACAGGCACUGGCUGAUAAACAGGAGGCCCUGCUGGGGAUUGAAGAGAACACUUGGAUCAUCUUCGCUCGAGAGGAACACAAGGCAGUCAUGGACACUAUAACACCUCAGCCACAAUCCUGGAUGACUUGGAUUUGCACACUGGAGUUGGACCCUAUCCAGCCCACAGUCCACUGAUACAAAUGAGUACCCAUGUGCCUCCUGAGCCAUGCUCCCCGGCUAUGGAUUCUCUCCUGUCCUUGAUUUCCAGCCUCACCUCCAAGCGUUC